UAGUUGGGGAGUAAAAUUUUUGUUCCCUUUCCUCUCCCCUCUCCCGCCAGCGUCAACAAAAGCGUCCUCUCCGUCAUUAAAACCCUAGCCGGCGAACUUACUCCUCCUCAACCUCCGGUCACCGCGGUUCUAAACGGUAAAUCCUUCCGGCACCCUUGUUUAUCUUGCCUUCUUUCUCUAUCCUCCCUUAUCAAAACCGAACCCUCCAUCUCAACAUCUACACGUCAUUAAAGGUUUUGUUCUACGGUUAUUCUUCGUUGUUACUGUGAGAAAGGGGCUUGUGGAUUUCGAUUUUCCCCUGAAGCCCAAGAAGCUGGGCCUUUCCUCUGAGCCCAGAAGGUAUAGCGAUCUAAAAAGAGUGAUUAAGGGAUCAAAUCAAAACGAGGGAAAGUAGGAAAAUGGGAGGGUUAGGGAGGAAAGGGACAGUGACACCACUUGAGUCACAGUUCCCCGUAGAGGAGGUGAACAAGGCCACUAAGCAAUUCCAAGAUGCCAUUGCCGAAAAGAACAAAGAGCUUCACGUCCUACAACGUUUUGUCGCCGACAACAACAACCUUGUCAACCUCGUCCAGAAACUCCCCGAACAACUCUCUCAUGAUGUCAUGGUUCCGUUUGGGAAAGCAGCGUUCUUCCCUGGUCGUUUGAUCCAUACCAACGAGUUCAUGGUUCUUUUGGGAGAAGGGUAUUAUGCAGACAGAACUUCCAAACAAACUGUUGAUAUUUUGCAACGAAGAGGGGAGUCCUUGAAUUCUCAGGUUGAUUCACUUCAGGCCAUGAUCAACAACCUUUCCUCCUUUAUCAAUGUCACAGAUUCUGAAGUAGCGGAGGGUCUUGUGGAAAUAAGAGAAGAAUAUGUGGAAGACGACUCUGAAGAUGAAUCUGAAUCAGAUUCUGCUAUUGAAGAUGUUCCUAGUUCUGGGAAUGAUACAUCCAAAGAAGUGGACUAUGCUUCAUUUUUGUCUUUAAUGGAUGAACUUGAGAAAGAAGAAGCACUUGCUGAACAAAAUGGCAACGACAGUGAUCCGAGUGAGGAAACUACUGAUGAUUUUGAUGAUAGUCCAUAUCAGAGACCUGCCGAUAAUAUUCCCCCAAAUCCAAAUGAGUUUCCAAAAAAGCAUAAUCAUCAAGAUAUAGCUGAUCAGUUGAAUUUUGCAAACCUUGCUGUUCAAUCUCAGGUUAAAGAAGGGAAAAUUUUAUCACAAAAUGUGUCAUCCAUUGAUCCUAAUGUGAAGUCGCCCAUAGUUCCUAAAGAGAAGAUAUCUCAAGCAACUUCGGCAUCGGAAAUUGAGGUUCAACAUCAAACUUCACAACCAUCAUUUGAUCGUCGCAAGGCUUUUACAGGCUCCAUCGUAGAGCAUGGCGAGAAUUUAAAAAAAGGUUCAAGAGAACAAAGUUCAUCUUCACAGGUUUCUGGUUCUCAUCCUGUAAAACCAGUCUCCAGAUUCAAAAUGCAGAGAAAGUAGAUACAAUAAUAUUAGUAAAUAUUUUGAAGUUUUAGGAUGUGCUUGUUAGUAGAAUCAAAAGCAGAAAAGGUGAAGGUGGGAUAAGCCGUUAUGAAUAGUGAAAGUUACUGUGCUCUCCUUGCAUGAUGAAGAAUCAAAGAAAAGAAGGCAUAAUUUGUUGCACCCUGAACAAACUUUACAAGUUUUCUGGUUUUUGUAGUGGAUUGGAAUUGGAAUGAAAAUGAAGUUUUUAGUUUUUUUUUUUU